UCAGACAGCUAUAAGAAAAUAUAUCUCUCAAAGACACUACUAUCACGUUGCAGAGAAAAGUUUUGGCCCCACCAAAUCUCUAACUUUUGUUUCAAUUUAAAAAUGAUGGGGGUAGGAUGCGAAGGAGAGAUUUCAGAUAUUUUGACAAUGUGUGAUAUUCCAUUUCCACAUUCUCGUGAAGUUGUGAUGAUAAAAGGAAUAGCAAUAGUUGGUUUUGAAACCUCUGAAAAUGCGACAAAUCCAUCCAAUGAUGUCAUGGAACAAAUUUGCUCUGAACAAUAUUCUGACAAGAUGAUCUUCCUCAUCAAAUUUCCGUUAUCCUAUGAUCCAUUAAAACAGAAAAUUGAUGAAUUAUUUGAAUGCCCUGGAGUUGUGGCAUUUCACUUUGAGACUCAUUUGGUGAAGAAUACAAUUUAUGUGGAAAAAAAAGCAUUUCAAAGUGGAUAUCAUCAAAAAGAUGAAAAAGGAUAUUUACCAGAAGGAAAUAAAGUUUCAUGUGAAAGUGUUGAUAAUACCCUGGAAACUAUCAUAGACUGUAUGGAUGUGGUGAAGAAAGUGACAGAAAAAUGUGGAUUAGAUGGGGUAAAGUUUGGAGGAUUGAAAGUUGAAGUGUCUGAAGAUCCAGGAAGAUCAAUUGGAGCAUAUUCUUAUUAUCUAUCACUUCAAAAAAGUACCAAGAAUAGUAUUUUCAUCCAUGUUCCGCCAUUUGGAGGAGAAUGUACAAAGGAAGCCGUUGUCAAUGUUGUUAAAGAAAUUAUUGAUGCUGCCACAUAAAGCCAAUAAACUAAAAUUUACACGAAAUUUUUUGAUUUUUUAUUCGAUUUCCAGAUUUCUGAUUUCUGAAUAAAUUGGUUAUAUUUUCAACAA